GGCGGAUUUAAAAUCCACCAUUGUAGAUUAAACAGCUUCAAUUACUUCAUUCAUAGUUCAUCUCUGUAGCGUGAAAGAAGAAGAAGAUUAAUACCCAUGGAUCAAGAAACAAUAGUGUUGCUCCUCAGUGAAUUUUUCCGUUAUAAAGAUUUUUCUAGAGGCCACAUUCUGAGGGAGAUAAUGGCGAAUUACCCAGAUGGGGCCUCAAGAUUGUAUCCUUAUUGUGAUGAGAAAUAUAUUAAUGGGUCUUUCUCGAUUGAAAAUUUUGUGUGCACGCGAAGCAACGGAAAAGCAGCCCGAGAUUACAGCUGAUAGGGUUGGUAUUGUGACUCUGGCUAAUGGGACUGAAGUGGAAAAACUGCUCAAGAUCAAUUGUAAUAGGAUUUAGAUUUUAUUGGCUGAUCGACACUGUCACAGGGGUGAUGAUUCUUGGGGGCCUAAAGUUGGUGUUUUGGGAGCUGGUGUAAUGGCCCUUGAAUUAGCAUUUGGCGUUUUGCCUGAAUCAGUUAGAAAUGAUGAUGAAAAAUUGAAAAGGAUGAGUAACAAUGUGCACAAGAUUUUGAGUCUGAAAUUGCAAGAAGAUGAGGAGACAACUGACUUUUAUGGUGAACUUGAUCAGGAUUCAAUCAAAGUCUACAAGACAUUGCCCAAGAAUUUCUUGGAAUUAGUGCUCAAUGAUGCAUAUAUGAUUGGCUGGUUACAGAAAUGACAGGGGAAAAUCAAGGGGAGGGGAUGUUUUUGUAGCAAGGCUAAAACUUGCUGGAAGGAUUGCUUCAAGUUGUGGUUGAUUGCUGAUGCAUAUCCUAAGAUUGUAUUGUCCAAGGAAUUUUUGCAAUUGGUUAUGAUUUGUUUGGACCCUGAGCACCCAAGUGAUCCUGGUCAAAUUCUUGAGCUCAAAUCUAUCAAGUGGGAUGAGGUCAAACCCAAUGUUGUGCUCUUCAAAGCUUUACAUAAAGAUCCACUCUUGUUUACAUUUUCAACCAGCCCAAGAAAGCAAGAGCAUUGCUAGGACGAAAUGAAUAUCAGAAAGGAAACAUAGAAGCUGCCCUCGAUGUUUUUGAAGAAAUAGAUAUCUCUGCAGUGGUGCCAAAGAUGAAAAUUACUCUUGCCAGAAGAAGAGCACCUUCUAGGAAACAGUCACAAAGUUAUGGUUCGCUACCUAUGUCUGUACCUGCAGCUAGUUUGCUUCUAGAAGCAAUCUUUCUGAAGUCCAAGUCUCUUGAGGCUCUUGGUAGAUACAAAGAAGCUGCUCAAACAUGCUCAGUAAUUCUGGACGUAGUUGAAUCUUCAUCACCAGGUGGCUUACCUGAAACCUUUGCUGGUGACUGUAAAUUGCAGGAGACACUAAGCAAAGCUGUUGAGUUCCUUCCAGAACUUUGGAAGCUCACCGAUUCUCCCAGUGAAACAAUUUUGUCAUAUCAGAGGUCCCUCCUUCACCCAUGGACUCUUGAUGCACAAACACUAGCCGGGAUCCAAAAAGAGUUUGCGAUAUAUCUUCUUUACGGUGGAGCUGAAGCAGAUCCUCCAAAUUUGCAAAUUCAAAUGGACAGGGGUUUCUUAUCUUUUGCUAAUCAAAUGGAAGAGUUGCUUCCAGGGGCUAUAGAAAGGAAAGAUCAGUUUGAGAAUCUGGCCCUUUGUUACUAUGGAGAAGGUGAUGAAUUGAUUGCUUUGAAUUUAUUAAGGAAGUUGUUGAGUCGAGCUGUGGAUCCAGCAUACGUCCCAGCUUUACUGUUAGCUUCAAAAAUUUGUGGCGAGAACUCUUCAUAUGCAGUAGAUGGAAUUAAAUUUGCUCGACGAGCCAUUGAAAACUUGCAGGGUAAAUGUGACCAGUUGACUGGAAUUGCAAAAUUUCUGUUAGGUAUUUCACUUUCGACAUGUUCUAGAUCGGCUACAACAGAUUCUGAGAGGGUGCAGAGACAAACUGAGGCACUGCAAUCUUUAGAAGCAGCCAGUAAAAUCACCAAAAUGAAUGACCCUAAGAUUGUUUACCACCUUUGCUUGGAGCAUGCUGAGCAAAGGGAGUUGGAUGCAUCACUUUAUUAUGCUAAGUGCUUGCUGAAAUUGGACAGCGGUUCAAACAUUAGGGGUUGGUUAUCAUUAGCUCGCAUAUUAUCAGCUCAGAAGCGAUUUGAGGAUGCCGAAACUGUUAUUAAUGCAGCUCUAAAUCAAACUGGAAAAUGGGAUCAAGGAGAACUAUUGAGAACUAAAGCUAAACUCCAAAUUGCCCAGGGUCAUUUAAAGGAUGCCAUCGAGACUUACACUCGGCUUCUAGCUGUUCUUCAGGUUCAACUUAAAAGUUUUGGCUCAGGGGAAAAGCUGAAGGAUGGCCGGAAACCAAAUAGAAGUUUGGAGCUUGAAACCUGGAACGAUUUGGCAGUCAUCUAUAUUAAAUUGAAUAAGUGGAGAGAUGCUGAAAUCUGUCUGUCAAAAUCUGAAGCCAUUAGUUGUCACUCUGCCAGGAGAUUGCACACUGCUGGUUUGCUUCAUGAAGCUAAGGGUCUCCACAAAGAAUCCCGUCGAGAGUUUGAUCGUGCUCUGUCUGUCGACCCCACUCAUAUCCCGAGCCUAGUCUCCGUGGCGGUUGUGCAUAGAAAGAUAGGAACUAGAUCGGCCACCUUUAGAAGAUUUCUAACAGAAGCAAUUCAGCUCGACAGAAUGAAUGUUUCUGCCUGGUAUAAUCUUGGCCUGGUUUGCAAAGAUGAAGGGCCCGGGUCUGCUAUGGAAGCCGGUGUAUGUUUUCAGGCCGCUGCUUCUCUUGAGGAAACAGAACCAGUUGAGCCCUUUAGAUAACUUCAUAUAUGGUAGGAUGAGAUUUUGAGUUCAGUAAAUGAGC